UUCGUUUCGUCCAUCGCUGGAUAACUUGCUUGUAAACUGCUUGCUCUUAAAGAAUAAUAGCGACGGCGCCAGACGACCCCGCGGAUACACACUUCCAGAUCGGACUGGAUCCGACCUGAUCAGAGACGACACACCGAUAAUACCUUGCUGGACCUGACUGUAACGAAAGAUGCAUUUUACAAAGAAGAUUGACCGCGCCUUUCAAUGGGCCGGCGAGAAGAUGGGCUCCGAGGCCCGAACCGGCCACUCGGACGAGUUCAAGAACCUCGAGCAAGAGAUGGCUUUGAGACAUGAUGGCAUGGAGCGCAUGCAAAAAUCCAUGGGAGCCUACGUCAAGUGGAUUUCCCGUCGCAAUGAGCUCCUCGAUGACAAGGAGCGUGGUUCUCCCAUCUCCUACCUUGGCCGCACCAUGGCCACCCAUGGAGAGGACUUUGAGCAGGAUUCCGAGUUUGGAAACUGUCUCCUGUCCCUCGGUCGCGCCAACGAGCGCAUUGCCGGCAUCCAGGAUUGCUAUGUCGACUGUGCCAAUGCUACUUGGAUGGAUAACCUCGAGAGGAGCCUGGCUAUGAUGCGAGAGUACCAGGCACAGAACACCCGCAAGAAGCUCGAGAACCGACGUCUCGCCUAUGACGCCAGCACCAACAAGAUGGCCAAGGCCCGACGAGACGACUUCCGAAUCGAAGAAGAGGUCCGCAUGAACAAGGCCAAGUUUGAGGAGACCAGCGAGGACGUCCUCCGCCGCAUGCAGGAUAUUAAGGAGUCCGAGGUUGAGAACAUUGCUGCUCUUACUCAGUUCCUCGACGCUGAGCUCGACUACCAUGAGCGCUGCGCUGAGGAGCUUCGCCGUGUUAGGCAGAGCUGGGCUGGAGGUGCUGCUGCUUCUCCCACAACUGCACCUCGGCCUGGCCGAAGCCGAUCCAACACUGCUCGAUCCUGGCAGGAGCCUCGUCACCAGGCUGUCUACGAGGAACCCGAGCCUGAGCCUGAACCUGUCCGCAUUCCUCAUCGUUCUCCCGGUAGUCGUCUUGCACCACCUCCUCCUCAGCCACCACGACCAGCCAUUGCCAGGGCCAACACCUUUGAGGCCCGCUCGCCUACGCCCCUAGCCAACCUCCGCGUUCCUGGUGCUCCUCUCUCCCGGGUCGUGACUGAUGGUGGUUCUUAUGGUCGAAACGGCCACAACGACGAUGUAUUCUCUGAUGAUGUCUCAACAAGUCGAAGCGGUAGCCCAGACUGGUGCGACCGCAGAAGCGCCAGCCCUGCAACAAGCUAUGGAAGCCUGAGCCGCAGCACGAGUGCCCUGGCUCUGGGCAAGAAGCCACCACCACCUCCUCCCAACAGGGCCAAGAAGCCCCCGCCUCCUCCUCCUGCUCGAAGGGAGAAUCUUGGAUAUUGAUGCUUGAUGAGUGGACUUGAUGUUUUUUCUUUUUGAACUGGGUAAACUUGGGUCUUGGGUGGCGUUAGGUCUCGUGUUGUCAUCUGGGUUAGCAAGAUUGGAUUAGAGUCACGUUGAACGCGACGGAAGGUUUUUCUGUCCUCGGGGACUAAUUGAUUUCAUUGUUAAGAC